UGGAAUGAUUACCUUCAAAUGACCUUCACUCAACACGUUAUAAACGAGACACUGAGGCUCACUAACGUGCUAACAUCUGCCCAUAGGAUAGCUCUGCAAGACGUUCAAACUGAAGAAGGAUAUGUGAUACCGAAGGGCUGGAAAGUGGUUUCCAGUUGGACCACGAUACAUCUCAAUCCAAAACUUUACGCAGAACCAUUAGAGUUCAACCCCUGGCGCUGGAAGACUCAAAGCGUUAAGUACUUCACUCCUUUUAGUGGCGGCCCAAGAUUUUGUACCGGAUCUGAGCUAGCUAGACUGGAGAUCGCGCUUUUGCUGCAUUUUAUCCUAACCAAAUACUCGUUGCACCCUGCUGAAGACGACGAAGCUGUUUAUUUUGGAACUGUGAAAAUGCGGAAAGGUCUCCCUGUUACUGUCACCAAACUCUCACAGAUUCUAUAGCUUUCUACAAAAAAAACCGAGCGAUAGUUAGUGUCAAAGCAAAAUGAAACCACACUUACACAUCAGAUUAGACUUCUUCGGACAAAUAAUAAGAGACGUUAGCAUGUUAAAACGCGUAGAAAAGAAACUAGCGACAGUGCUUCAUGGCUAUAACUUGAACGUCAACCAAAUUAAAACUUGCUCAA